AUUCCCCUCCAUCCACUCCGCAUUAAUCAGAACGUCGAUCGCUAGCUCUACGCUGUCAAAACUUGCAACUUCGCAGAGAAAAAUGGAGAAAACCGGCUCAGGGAAGCAACUGCGAGGCCUGCUACUGGCCGAGCUCGUUCGAGUUCAGAAACUGGCGAGGCAGGUGGAAGCCGAGCUCAAUCUUCACUUUGGCAAUGGACCCUGCCAUUUGCUGCUGCAAGAGAUGCUCGAAGCGAUAGACAAGUCGAUUUCCUUGGUCCAGUCGGGACACCCGGUGGUCGCCGGAGAGUCCCUUCCUUCAGCCAGCAGGAUGCCCAAGAGGAGGAAGAUAAUGGCUACGUGGAUCCAAGAAGUGCGAGUGAAUUCCGGUGCCGCCGCCGGAGUCGAUUUCCCCGUCGACGAUGGCUAUAGCUGGAGGAAGUACGGGCAAAAGGACAUCCUCGGAGCCUAGCACCCGAGGCCGGUUAACUUCAUUCGAUCUCUCGAGAUUAGAAAUUUACAGUAAAUUGUGGAGUAAAGAAAAUUGUAUUGAAAGUCUCUUCUCUUUGCAGAGGCUACUACAGAUGCAAGCAUAGCAUGACUCUGGGCUGCCCGGCGACCAAGCAAGUGCAGCAAUCGGACGGCGACCGGUUGCUCUUCCACGUCACCUACCACGGCGAGCACACCUGCCUUCAAGCGGCAGCAGAAGUGCAGAACCGUUGAUG